AUGGAAGGCAUGAGCUCAGUCUAUGCAACAUCUGAUGGUAAAUUCCUGAUCCAAGGUGAUGUAAUCCGUUUAGGUGGCGAUAAACUCAGUAGCAUUGGUGACAAAAUACAAGCUGCAGAAAACAAGAAAUAUCUUGCUGACUUAAAUAUUAAGGACCUAUUGGUUUACCCUGCGCAAGUGAAAUCACGGCUAAAGGUAUUGAAAUACGUUAUAUCGCAUGGCCACGUGGUGAACAAUUUAUACCGACGAUGGAAAGUAUCUGGUGUAGUGCAGACCGUAGUGCUGCAUUUAAUCAAGCCAUUGCUGGUACUGCGCUUCCACCUGCAAGUUUGUGACGUGAAACCAGUUCGUCUGGCAAUACUCGGUCUUGGAACCGUAGGCGGUGGUGCCCUUAAACUACUACAAGAAAACGCUGCUGAAAUUAGACGUCGCACCGGUCGAGAAAUUGAAAUUACCCACGUAGGCACGCGUCGUCCACGUCCAGAUCUAAAUUUACCAGCAAGCAUUAAACAGAGCGCUGAUCUGUUAGAUAUCGUCCGCCAGCCUGAUGUUGAUGUUGUCGUUGAAGUCAUGGGCGGUAUUCACCCUGCUUAUGAAGUCAUGAUGGAAGCUAUAAAACAUGGCAAGCAAGUGGUAACGGCAAACAAAGCCUUACUGGCAGAACAUGGCAAUGAGCUAUUUAAAGCAGCUGAUGAUCACCACGUACAAGUUGCCUUUGAAGCAGCGGUUGCCGGUGGUAUUCCAAUUAUCAAGGUCAUUCGUGAAGGCUUAGCAGCCAAUAAAAUUGAAUGGCUGGCGGGUAUCAUCAAUGGUACAGGUAAUUUCAUUCUGACUGAAAUGAGUGAAAAAGGUCGUGCCUUUGCGGACGUACUCAAAGAAGCUCAAGAACUUGGUUAUGCCGAAGCAGACCCAACGUUUGAUGUUGAAGGCAUUGAUGCUGCGCAUAAGCUGACUAUUCUUGCAUCAUGUGCCUUUGGUAUUCCUUUACAGUUCGAUAAGGUUUAUACCGAAGGUAUUACCAAGAUUACUGCACAAGAUGUGAAAUACGCUGAAGAGCUUGGCUAUAAGAUCAAACAUUUGGGUAUUGCACGUCGUUCUAGCAAAGGCAUCGAACUUCGUGUACACCCAACCCUGAUUCCUGAAGAGGAGCUUCUUGCCAAUGUAAAUGGCGUGAAGAAUGCAGUUUUGGUUCAAGCCAAUGCAGUUGGCCCUACAUUGUAUUAUGGCGCAGGUGCAGGCGCAGGCCCUACUGCUUCUGCGGUUGUGGCAGAUGUGGUUGAUAUUGUCCGUGAUAUCAUUUACACAGAAGAUGGUUCAGGUACUAUUCCUCAGCUUGCCUUUGAAGCUCUUUCCGACUUGCAUAUCUUGUCGAGUGAUGAGAUGACCACAGGUUAUUAUUUGCGUUUAAAUGCUGAAGACCAAACUGGUGUACUCGCAGAUGUAACAACAAUUUUAAGUCGCACAGGGAUCAGUAUUGAUGCCAUCAUGCAGCAACCUCGCUUAAAAGAUCUGAUUCCUAUCGUGAUUUUGACUGAUCCGAUUGUCGAAUCGAAAAUGAAUGAAGCGAUUGCACAAAUUCAAGCCUUACCUGCUAUCCAUGGCGAAAUCGUACGAAUUCGUUUAGAAUUGCUCGAUAACUAA